UACGAACAUAGAAUAGUUUGGCAAAUUUGUGAGACUCUUUCAAAAGUGUCCGCGAAAUUGGACAAUUUCGGUACGGGUCGAUUUUAGGUCGCACAUUAGAUCGUGCUUUUUGGAACGUAGAGAGAACUUACUGGAAGAUUCAUAGCAAGUAUAAUAUCGCACAGUAGUUACAUGCUUUACAUACGUGCUACGUCGAUAAUAUAAUUGUUGAGUGUUGCUGUUAUAUCAGACUCUUGCAGCAUGUCAGACUGGGACACGGCUCCAAUUACUCUGCGUAAACGUCCUCCAAAGGCAUCGGUACUUAAAUCAGAACAGGCGGUGAAUGCUGCACGUCGUCAAGGUUUUGCGGUUGAAACACAAGCAAAAUGGGGUGGAGGAGCAAACAGACAACAUGUAACAACUAAAAACACUGCAAAGUUAGACAGAGAGACUGAAGAAUUGAAACAUGACAAAAUUCCACUUGAUCUGGGUAAAUUAAUACAACAGGGACGACAGAGUAAAGGAAUGUCUCAAAAAGAUCUUGCAACAAAAGUAAAUGAGAAGGCACAAGUUAUCAAUGACUAUGAAGCAGGUCGUGGUAUACCCAACCAGAUGGUAAUUGGUAAAAUUGAGCGAGUAUUAGGAAUAAAAUUACGUGGAAAAGAUCGUGGUAAACCAGUAACAACCCCCGGGACAAAAAAGUGAAUCUCGGGGGGGGAAAAAAAUUUUAACUUUAUACCUUUAUGCAUUGUUUCCUAAACAGAACUGUAAAAAAAUUGUAGGAUUUCUAUUGUGUGAAAAUUACAAGCAACUAAUACUGAAACUAUCGACGAAACUGUUAAUUUAUCUUUAUAUGCCAUUUUGUUAUAUUUUUAAAUACACGCCAUUGAUUCUAUUAUGAAACAGAUUUAUUAUUUCAUCUUCUUGAAUGUCGAUUCAGGUAGGCUAAAUAACAUUGUAUUAACACAAAUAACGUUAUAAGGUUGUUGCUAUGUAUAUACAUAUAGAUCAGUGAUCAAUUUUAUAAUGGUUAAAAGAUAGAAUUUAUAUAUAGACAUAUGCAUUCGUAAGCAUCUUACAUCGAUAUAUUUCCAUAGAAAUUAAAGUAUUAAUUUAUAAUGUAGCAAUAUUUCAUCAUACAUCAUAUAGUAGCUUGUACAUAUAUAAAAGAAAUGACUAAAUAAACAUUAAUUACAUCGUUUA